GCUUCUGCACUUCAUUCGGCUGCAGCGGAGAGCACCUCAGCCUGCCUCAGUUUUUUUUAACUGACUUUGGCUGUGACAGCACAGUGACAGAGAUCCUCUGUGACUAUAACCGGUGCAGCUUUAUCCACAGCUUUUUGUCCAGAUUGAUCCCAGGAUCACUGAGAAAGAAGAUGUUGAGGCGAAGGCCCUCAAAUGCCUCGGAGAAGGAGCAGGGGCACCAGAAGAAGAAGCUCACCCUGCAGAGGUCCAGCAGCUUCAAGGAUUUCAUGAAGCACAAACCCACCUCUCCUGUUGUGUCAGAGAAGGAGUUUACUUUGGAGGAGAAUGUGGCAGAUGGUGUGACGGCAGAAGAAGCAGUGAAAAGUGGCAGCAAGCUGGGAAAGAAAUGGCGCAACGUCAUCUCACGUACGAUGACCCGCAAAACAUCCAAGAUGGUGCAGAAGGCUCUAGCAGAAGAAGGGGGGGAGAGUGGUGAGGAGUUGUCUCCCACCUGCGAAUGGCUUCCAGACCUGAGUGCAGGACAGCGGACGUCUGUGUGCUCCACAGGCUCCGAGGACACCAUGCCCAGCCCCGUCAGCCGCCAGCUGUCUGGCAGCAGCGACCGACAGAGUUUGGACAGCGGUUACUGCCAGAGGGACAGCAUGAGGCUGGAGGAGAAUGGCGUCCCUUACAACGGACCCUUCUGUGGUCGCGCUCUGGUCCACACCGACUUCACUCCCAGCCCCUACGAUGUGGAGUCACUGAAGCUCCAAAAAGGAGACAUCAUCCAAAUCAUUGAGAAGCCCCCAGUGGGCACCUGGACCGGGAAGCUCAACAACAAAGUGGGUUCCUUUAAGUUCAUCUACGUCAACCUCCUGCCCGACGAGAAACCUCCGGCCCGCAGGCCACGCUGCAACAGCAAAACCAACAGAACCAAAUCCAAACCAAAAACCCUGGAGGAAGUCCUGGACAGCAUCGGCCUGACGGAGCUGAGUUCUCUGCUGUCCAUGCACGGUUUCCAGAGUCUGGAGGACUUUGCAGGACUGAAGGAGUCUCACCUGAACGAGCUGAACAUCACCGACCCAGAGCAGCGCUCCAAGAUCCUGAACACCACUGAGCUGCUCAGAGACUCUGAAGAGGAGUCGGAGCCAGAAGAGGAGGACAGAUCUGGGGAGGACGCCAAGGAGCCGAGGGAUUCAGGCUGCUUCGAGAGCUCAGAGAACCUGGAGAACGGACGCGAGGAGCCGAAGACGGAGGAAGAGACAAACCAAGGAACGGAGGAUCAUGAGCAGGAGCCCACAGAGCCAGGGGAGACCCAGACAGAGCAGCUGGAGGCCGUGCAGGAGCAACUGCAGGAGCUCACAGUGGAUGAAGGCUCUUGAGAAGUGACGGAAAAAUACUCUUUGACUCCUGGUUCUCAGUGGCCAUUUCAAUCUCUCUUCAAGGUAAGAGAGAGGACCGUUGACAAACUAAAAAUACUGUAUGAACUUCCAUUUUCCACAGUUGGCUUGGACUGUUGAGGAAGCCGGUCACAUUGUUUUGAAUGAACAUGUUGUCAUAUUGUCUGAAUUAUGUUGUGGUUUGCUGUUGUUUCACAUAUGGUGUGGUGUAAAGUGUCUGAUUUUGAUGGUACAAACUACGCAUUUAAAAGCGUGCCCUUGUCUCCUGUGUUUUCAUGCCUUGUACUCUUACAACCAUAAGAAUGUAAAAUAUUUCCACACAUUUUUCACGUAACUUGAUUACAGUUGUUUUACACAUAAAGCAGUGACGUUACAAUGAGGAAGUGCUGUAAAUACAAUUUAAAUAAAAGAAAUACUUCAGUGUGAUGUGAA